CAAUCAAAGAUGGCAGCGCCCACAACGAGCUUUCGGAAGAAAGUGAGCACAAAGAUUUUACAAAUUCCAGGCACUAGACCAUCAUUACACAACAAUCAGUUACUUAUUUCUUCGGGUGUUCCUUCCUUCGAUAGUGUGAUUGGUGGUGGCAUAGCAGUUGGCACAGCAAUUCUAGUUGAGGAAGAUACAUAUGGAAGUUAUGGCAAGCUUUUAUUGAAGUACUUUAUUGCUGAAGGCAUUGUCUGUGGACAUAGCAGCUUUUUGGCAACUGCAGAUACCAAGCCAGAUCAGAUAGUGAAGGAGCUCCCAUCUGCAAUUGUUGAUGAUCCAGGUGCUGUACAAGAUGCCCAGCCCUCAUCAAGUGAGGCUGAUGACAGCAUGAAGAUUGCUUGGAGAUAUCAAAAUAUGUCAAAAGUACAGGCAGCUCCAGUUAGCACAAAGUUUGGACACUACUUUGAUCUGACUAAAGUUAUGAACCCUGAGGUAUUAGCUAAGACAGACAUGAGGCAAUUCUAUCUUCCUGAUGAAGAAAUACCUGACAGGCAUUCAAAUAGUAUAAUGAAUCCUGCAUACCAGAAGCUACUUCAGGAUAUAAAAUCUCACAUUAUAAAUAAGAACUUCAGUACGUCUUCAAGUAAACAACCACAGCAGCAACGUAAUAUACUUAGGAUAGCCAUCCAUUCUCUUGGCUCACCACUAUGGGGAGAAGGUGAGGUCAAUCCAGACAGUUACGAUCCAUCUCUGCCCAGGUUUCUCUAUGGUCUCAGAGCACUACUCAGAUCUGCCUUUGCUUCCUGUCUGAUAACUGUGCCAACAUAUAUAUUUAAUGAUACUGCAUUUACUAGAAGGAUAGAAAACAUGUGUGAUACAGUAGUACAGCUUGAAUCAUUUGUUGGCUCUGAGAGAGAAACAAAUCCAGUCUAUAAGGAUUACCAUGGCUUGUUUCAUAUUCUUAAAAUCCCGAGGUUAAACUCUCUCACCUGUCACAUGCCUGACUCCUUAGAUCUGGCAUUUAAACUGAGACGGAAAAAGUUCACCAUUGAGAAACUACACUUGCCCCCAGAGUUGUCAGAUACAGCCAGCCGUCCACAGGAGGACAAGGAUGUAGUGGUCAAACCCAAGACUGUAGGCUGUAGCACAGGGAGCAGCAAACUAGACUUCUGACCCAGGGGAAUGAGGAAGGAGUUGGGUGCAACAUGAUCUCCUGUGCCCAGGAACUGUUUGUUAUGGGCCGCAGUUAUAUCAUUUGCAAACAAGACUUUGGCCAAAAGAUAAAAGUAAAGAGUUGUCUGUAAAGAAAUAUCUUCUGGAAGAAGCUGGUUGACAUGAGGUACAGUUUUGUCAGUAUGAACCAAGGAGACAAUUGUGUUGGGAUAGAAAUUCUCUGGAGGUUACUAAUGUGCAAUUGGCCUUCAGCUGUGUAUUGUAAUAGUGUGAUGAAUAUGUCAUACAUGUAUUACUAUUUCUGUGCAGUGAACACAGGAGCAGGUUGUAUUCAGAGUUGUGAUUCAGACCUCUGAACUUGGACAUGUUUAAGGCAAAACCUUAUUGAUACUGCAACGUUUGUAGUAUUUGACAUUUAAGUUGGGUACUCUCAUACUUGGCUUCCAUUAUUUGGAUAAUUUUUAAAAUAGCCAAAACCUGUACUAGAAAAUUGUUUAAAGCAAGCAUGUAUUAAAACUUGGUGCCAAAACAAGAAUUUAAAUGAAAAUAUUUAUUCUUGUAUGAAAUAAUGGAUCAUAU